AUGUCAUUGAAUAGAUGGGAGAUCAUCAAAAAGUUCCUCCAUUUCAGCAACAAUAACAGGCAAAAUGAAGACCCACUCUACAAGGUGCGGCCACUGGUGGAUCACCUGACCUCAAAGCUGAUGUCCAUUCCCAUGGUUGAGAAGCUGGCGGUGGAUGAGCAGAUGGCAAAGAAAGAGAAGAGGAGCAGGUGCCGAAGGCACACUAAGGUUUUCCCUUGCAGCGUGAGGACAAUGUGGCUGUCCCUGCUUGUGUAUCAGCUUGCCUUGCUUGUCCUUCAUGGAGAGGCCCAGAACAUAUGCAGCUCUAAGGCCACGUUCCGAGAGCCAGAGAACUCUGAUAUCUCUGUAGUGUGUGGUACCAAGAGGAUGGAACUCCAGAUCCUGCUCUGUCCCGUGUACUAUGGAGGAUACAACGAGUCUCUGAUGGCACUCAACGCUAAGUACAACAACCCCAGCUGCUAUGGCACCCCUGAUCUAAAUGCAGACCCUCCUGUGCUGAAGUUCAACUUCUCCAUCACCGAGCAGGCUGUGUCUCAGUGCUCUAACAGACUCACGAUUACUCAAGAACGGGGUUCAGGAGUCUUCUCAGAUUACUCCAACAUUCAGUUUGUCAACAUCUCAGGGAUUGUCAACUCCCUGGACCCCAGUGCCGGCACCAUUACCUACCGUAAAGAGAUGAUGUAUCUGUUCUCUUGCCGCUACCCAUUGCAGUACCUGGUGAACAACACAGAAUUGAGUGUAUCGGGCGUGAGCCUGGUAAUCAAGGACAACAAUGGAAGUUUCAUCAGUACUCUAAGCAUGCGCCUGUUUCGGGAUGCUGAAUACUCAUCCCAGCUCCAGGUUCCAGACGGCGGCCUGUCACUGAAAACACGAAUCUUUGUGGAAGUUCAGGCUACAAAUCUCACUGAAAGGUUUAAUGUGCUGCUGGAUCGAUGCUAUGCCACAACUAGCCCUUAUCCAAUCAACAGCACUUACUAUGACCUCUUUGUUGGGUGUACUCGGGAUGGGCAGACAGUGAUAAGACAGAACGGUGAUAUGCAGAAAGCACAGUUCUCCUUCGAGGCCUUCCGUUUUGUGGAGCAUAAGAACAAGACUGUCUCGACCUUCUACCUGCACUGUGAGACUAGGCUCUGUGAGAAGACAUACUGCAGCUCUUUGCAACAGAACUGUUCGAGCAACUCAAGGAGGAAGAGGGAGGUCAUGUCUGCUCAGGGCACCUCAGUGAGCGACACGGCCACAGUCACCUCUGGCCCCAUCAUCACUAAACUCGACACUGAUGAAAUGGCUGUAGGACACGUGUCUGAAGAUUCUGAUCCGUCCUAUCAAGAGACCCCAGUACUGGGAGUAGCCGUAGCAGCAGCGGUGAUUGCAGUCAUGAGUAUGGCCACGUUGGGAGCUGUUUUCUACUGGGUCCGUCUCACUAAGAAGACCAAGGACGACCUGCUGCCUCUGAGGGCCAACAUAGGGGGCUGAAUCCACAGAAACAACAGGACUCUGACUGGACAGCCGACAACUUUCGUCCAGCUCGCUGCCAAAGACCCAGUUCUGCAUGGGUUAAAACACUGGUAAAGGUCAAGGAACAAAACCACUAGCCGAUCAUUUAUAAUAAAAUAUAUACAAGCAUAUCUGUGCUGAAUCAAAUACAAUGCAUGCCAUUCUCCUGCAUAGACACUUUCUCUUCCGCUCUUGAGGUUUAUUGGGAUGAUACACUGCUUGUAUGUAUGAAAUGCAUGUCUUAUUUAUCUAUGAUCACAAGUUAAAGGAAUGAAAUAAUCUUCAUAUAGUAUUUUUAAAUGUUCAUAUAUCACAGAGUAAUUCAUUAUUCGCUCAUGUGGUAUUGCAAAAACAUGAAAAGCUUGAGGGUAUGGGUAUGCAGUACUAUUUUCUACAUAUUUCUCUAUUUUUAUUAAAAUAUAAAGGGAACCAUUUUGUUGUCCAAAAUUUCUUUGUAUUCUGAAUUGAUAAUGGUAAUUGCCUCAGGUUUGCCACAAGACACUUUUGGAGACAAUAUCAAUCAUUG